AUGGUCCUUGGACACCUACCCUCCCUCCUACUUGCCCUUCCUCCAGUGCCUCUAGACUUCAGUGAUGAGGUCAUAGACACGAUAUGUUUUCGGACAAGACGGGUCGAACCUGCUGGGAGAAGUUUCCAUCGUGUCUGGGAGAAGCCUCGGCUGAGUCGAAGUGAACGGAGGAGAGCUCAUAAGGAGAACUCAGACACUCCGGAAUCUAGCGCUGAAAGCACCAGCGAAGAACCGUCGAGCCGAACUGGUUGGUCAGCCAAAAGGAAGACCAAGAAGCCCGUCGGGGAGCAGCUGAAGUUAAACAAGGUUCUUGAUGGAUUCAACUUAUAUGAGAUUCUCAAGAUUAGCCCUACGGCAACGCAGGAGCAGAUAAAGAAGUCUUAUAGACAUAUAACAGUAUUGACCACCAGUGACAGCACCCGCAGCAAGCUUCUUCUCACCAGAGGCCCUAACCACAUGAGCAUAGGCACCAGCUGGAUCGCCCUCAACUUCCUCCAGGGCUUGCCUAGCGAUCUCUUUGGCCGAGCCCUUCAUAAAAAUCCACUUAGAAGCCUCGGCCACCGUCUCGAACUCCUGCAGCCAAAGAGCGAAGUCGUUUUCACCACCAGAAUAGGGUUCCAAUACAGAUUCGAGCUUGAACGGCAUGUUAAGCGAUUCUAUCACUUCUGGAUGAACUUCGAUUCGUGGCGGGAUUUCUCCCAACACGAUGAGUAUGAUGUCGCUGAUGCUAGUUGUCGUGAGGAGCGAAGAUGGGUAGAGAGGCAGAAUCAGAGGAUUCGACGAAAAUACGAGACGGCUGAGGCAUCGAGAAUAAGGAAACUAGUAGAGUCGGCUAUGCAAUUUGAUCCUCGGCUGUUGAGGGAAAAGGAGGAUGAGCGACGAGUGAAGGAGCUCCAAGAGAAGGAGAAGGAGGAGAAGCGGAGGGAAAAAAUUGAAGCGGAAGUAGCGGAAAGACGACGUAAGGAGGCCGAAGAGGCCGAGCUGGAGAAGAGGAAAGAAGAGGAUAAAAGGAAGGAGAAAGAGGAACGAGAGAGGUUGAAGAAAAUACGACAAAGUGUCCGUAGUACUUAUAGGAGUAACUGUGAUGUGGUGGAUCAGGAGACGCUGAAGAAUUUACUUCUGGACCUUACGCCUCCACAGUUGGAGAAGUUCGCGGCGAAGGCUGAGACCUUGGCUAGUGAUGGUGGGAAAUUGAAAGCAAUGUUUGACGUGGCAUUAGAGCACGUUGCUCAAGCGAAGAAGAAGAGUGUGAAACAUGUCGCGAGUGCGGCAGCUAAAGUUAAUAAACAUGGGAAGGUUGGAGCUCCUUGGUCGUUGGAUGAGGUCCAUAUGUUGGCUAAAGGGCAGCAGAAAUAUAAAGUUGGGUAUGCAGGGAGGUGGAAAGCUAUUGCUCAGUUCUUACAAAGUGCUGGGUUUAAUAGGACUGCUGAUGAGGUGAUAGCGCAGACGAGGCUGAUGGCUACUCCUGAGUAUCUGAAAAAUCAAAAGGCUGAAGAAAAACAGGAGGCGACUAUGGCCUCGAAGGAUGUGCCGAAGCCGACUCUUACUACUACUUCACCUUCCCCGCAGGUUGAAAAACCGAGUAGCUCUCCUGAAGAUUGGACGCCGACGCAACAGAAAGCUCUGGAGAAAGCGCUGGCGACUCACGCUGCAUCGUUGGGAGCGAACGAACGAUGGAGGAGAAUUGCAGAUGAUGUGCCGGGGAAAACUAAGAAGGAGUGCGUGGCAAGGUUCAAGUAUAUACGGGAGCUCGUGUCGAAGGGGGAGGCGUAA